AUGGAUAAAAAUUGUAAAGCAUGGGGUCAAACCUGCAGGAGAUGUAAAGGGAAAGAUAAUUUUGAACGUGUUUGUAAAAGUAAACCAAGUGGAAAUUAUUUCAGAAAAGAAGAGAAGCCCAAGCAUGUCAGGCAAGUUGAGGACGGUGACAGGUAUGCUUUUACUGUAAGAAAUAGUAAUGAUACAAGUGCUAACAUCACUGUUGAUGUUGGGGGGAUACCUGUGCAAAUGAUUAUUGAUUCAGGUGCAACUUGUAACAUAAUUGAUCAGAAGUUGUGGGAGCACUUGAAAUUAGAAAAUAUUAGAUGUGAAUCCACUAUGUGUAAGCCAAAUGUCUAUCCAUAUGGCAGUGAGGAACCCUUACCUGUUUUGGGGAAAUUUACAGCAAAUGUCACUGUGGGAAAAAACAGUUUUAAUAUUGUCGAAUUUAUAGUGAUCGAGGGCUCGGGACAAGCCUUGCUGGGAUGA